CAUCGCUUGGCCCACUCCGAGUGGAAGCUUUACUUUUGCUUCCUCUUCCCCACAGCGACUCCCUUUCCACGCCACUAUAUCGAAUUCCUCGGAUCCGAAGAUUAAGGAAUUGGUCUGCCUGAGGUCAAUUGCAAACAUGGUGUUACGGUGGUAUCAAGCGAAGCUGAAGAGCGCGCCGUUGUUGACGCAGAGUAUUACUACUGCGGUACUCUUCGCAACCGGCGACGUAAUGGCGCAACAAGGCGUCGAAAAGCGCGGUCUCUCCUCGCACAACCUCGCCCGCACAGGCCGCAUGGCCGCCUACGGCGGCGCCGUCUUCGGCCCCGCGGCGACAAAAUGGUACGCCUUCCUCGUCAAGCGCGUCAAUCUCUCUAGCAAGAACGGCACCAUCGCCGCGCGCGUCGCCUGCGACCAGUUCGUCUUCGCGCCCGUCAACAUGGGCAUCUUCCUCAGCACCAUGGCGUACCUCGAGGGCGCCAGCCCCCGCGAGCGCCUGAGCAAGGCGUAUGUGCCCGGCAUGGUGAAUAACUUUCUGCUGUGGCCGUGGGUGCAGGGCGUCAAUUUUAAGUAUGUGCCGUUGGAGCAUCGGGUGCUGGUUGUGAAUUUCGUGGCGCUUGGCUGGAACUGCUACCUUAGCUACCUCAACUCGAGCGGCGGCGCGGAUGCGCAGCCGACGAAGGGCAAGGGGAAGGAAGGCGGCGAGCUGCCACCGUCUUAAGCCCAACCCUUCGCAAUCCUACUCCUACCUCGUGAGCGCUCGAAGGCAACAAAGGGCAGGAUGGAUGGUAAAGCAAUUCGCUGUAUAUACAUACAUGCAUGCGGCGGCGAGGAUGACAUUUCGAGAAGCAUAUAUAUGGGCAUGCGAUACCCUUUCUAGGAGGAACAGGCCGAGCUAGGUCAACAGGUGGUAAUCUCAUCCGGGAUACCUCCAACAUGAAUAUCAAAACGAGCAUUCCACAUCAUAUAUCCACCCCGGCAUGAAGCGAAGUUACGACUUUUUCAUUCAUGGGGAUGGAUGGCAAAGCAGCCGACCAUUAAAGCUAGACCGCAUUCACUGAAAUUCAGAUCCCU